AUGACGGACGAUGCGCUCAAUCUGCCUCCUGAACCUGACCUCUCGAACUGCACCCGAUAUCCCGGACUUGAGGCCUUCGACUUGCAUUAUAAGACAGUCCAUGCCUACCUCUCUCUGGGUAUAUGCUUUUUCGGUACAUUCACGAACACACUUAACGCAGUAGUUCUAACUCACAGUCAUAUGCGCAGCCCCACAAACCUUCUCCUCACAUCGAUUGCCAUUGCCGAUUCUGUGACGAUGGUCGCCUACGUAGCCAAAGACGUUUACUUGCAUUUUAUCACUAGCCCCGAUCCUACAAGUGUACCCCAUGGUCGGGGCGGUAUCUACUUCGUACUCUUGACAAACUUCACCGCCAUAGCAGGACACAUAUUCUCAACAAUUAUGACUGUAAUGCUGGCUGCAUUUCGCUGCUGGAUGCUCUAUCGUCCGCAGUGUCAGGUGUUAUACAAGCACAUUAAACAAACUGUUGCUGUAGCGGCAGUUCUCAGUGUCGCAAUGUUCGUGCUUGGAAUUUCUGCUCUAGUUGUGGGCAAAUUAGUGCCCCCAAUAAUACCACAAAACAACACACAAGACUACUACUGGUUCGCAGUGCGUGAAGGCCUAGAUUAUGUAGACCGGGCCAAUUUUGUCAUCUACGGGUGCUUCAGCAAAUUGGCCUCAAGCAUACUUAUUGCGUUCUUCACCGGACUCAUUCUAGCAGCCAUGGAAAAGGCAAGGCGUAGAUAUUUGAAGCUGAAACAUGGACUCCCAAGGCCAAAAGCAUCAAAGAGUGAAAAAUCGAUGGAUAUGGAAGAAAAGGAUGUGGGAAGGCGUGAGUCGAGGGGAAACCACCGAACAACAGUGAUGCUAGUCGCCGUGGUGGUGAGUUUCAUUAUUACAGAGGCGCCGCAGGGUGUGAUAAUUACCGUGGUGGCCAUUCAAGACUAUUGCUUCCUCUACACCUUUUACGCACCUAUCGGAGACCUAUUGGAUCUGCUUGUUUUGCUUAAUUCCUCUACCAAUUUCAUUCUCUACUGCGUCAUGUCAGCGCAAUUUAGAAAGAGUUUUAAGGAGCUUGUCAUGAAAGAGCUGCUCCAAAGAUUGUGCCGGCAGAAGAGUGCCAGGUCUGUACACGGGCAAAACGCCAAACGAUCAGUGGAGACGGCACUUGUAAACCAAAUCUAG